GGUAAACUAAAGAGACGUGACAUGGCAAUCCCUCGUAUCUAUGUCACAUCGGGAAUAGCCGAUGUAACCGGCAUCCGGGUUACAGCCCGAGGGGCUGUUCUUGUGUUUUCCCAAGCUCAUAAGCUGUCCAAGUGUCUAUGGCAGUCAUUCUAUGGAAAAAAAAGAAAAGAAUGAAGUUAGACGGCAACAACAACAACCUCUCUUCGAUCUUCCCUCUAAGUCUUUUCUUCCGAUCCUUAACGUUUUCGGUAUACGUUCUUCUCAGUAUUGGAAUCACUUCUGCUUCUAUGUUCCCUAGUUCAGGCAAAUCACCCUUAUGGAACUUGGCUUUGACUACGCCCCCACUUGGAAUGGCACUGUCGUUUGGGUCACAGAAAGACAUAAUAGCGUUUUAUCGGCACCGUAAAAGUGAAGAAGCCAGGGUGACCUGAAAUUUUUAUCCGGGGCGUCAAGAAAGCUCUGUCAGAGUGGUUCUGCAAGCUGGGACACUUACCAACGUUGAUUCUGAUUUGUGUCUUUAGGGUAACAUGU